AACUGUGUUGAAUGACAAUGUUUAUAGAUAUUGUAUGUUCUAGGAUUUGUAACUGUAUAAUUGUAAGCAUCACUUCAUGGGUUCAUACACUCUAACGUCUUAUAGGUUCGAUUGAAAAAAGUGCAAAUUAUUAUCAUCGUGGUUGGUUCUAACAGCCUUCGAUCAUCGGAUGGCACCGCCCACCCCGGAGAACAUAAGAAGGUAACUCGUCGGCUUAAUGUAGCUUGUUAGCACGACAAUUAGCCUUCUUCAUUGACCGCCAAAACACAACCAAUUCCUCCAGUUUUACAUCAACUACCGCCUCUAUGUCGUAAUGCGGACACUUUAAUGGCGUACAACGGGCACCAACGCGACGAUGACACCGCCGACGAGGACGAAACGCCCACGAAGCACCCGCGCUCCAACAAAGACAUGCCCGGGUGCCUCCGCGGCUACGUGGACAAGGAGGUGGCCGCGCCCGCUGGACGUGCCUCGUCCUCCCGCUGCAACUCCGACGCAAUGCCGAGGCUUCGGAGCGACUCCGUGAAGAAGAGCAGGCCGCCAUUCCCAUGGUUCGGUAUGGACAUAGGCGGCACGUUGGUCAAGCUGGUCUACUUUGAGCCAAAAGACAUCACAGCAGAGGAAGAGCAGGAGGAGGUGGAGAACCUGAAGAGCAUCCGCCGCUACCUGACAUCCAACACGGCGUACGGCAGCACCGGCAUCAGGGACGUGCACCUGGAGCUACAGGAGCUGACGUUGUGCGGCCGCACGGGAAACCUCCACUUCAUCCGCUUCCCCACGCAUGACCUGCCCGUCUUCCUGCAGAUGGGCCGCAACAAGCACUUCUCCAGUCUGCACACCAGCCUCUGUGCCACCGGCGGGGGCGCGUACAAGUUCGAGUCUGACUUCCGCAUGAUGGCUGACUUGCAGCUCAGCAAGCUGGACGAGCUGGACUGUCUGAUUCGGGGCGUGCUGUACAUCGACUCGGUGGUGUCGAGCGGCCCGUCGGAGUGCUACUACUUUGAGAACCCCACAGAGCCGGAGCGCUGCGUCCAGAGGCCGUACACGCUGGAGAACCCCUACCCUCUUCUCUUGGUCAACAUCGGCUCCGGCGUCAGCAUCUUGGCUGUCUACUCGGAGACCAACUACAAGCGCGUCACUGGGACCAGCCUUGGAGGGGGAACCUUCCUGGGUCUCUGCUGCCUGCUGACGGGAUGCUCCACGUUUGAGGAAGCACUGGAAAUGGCCUCGCAAGGGGAAAGCACCCGCGUAGACAAGCUGGUUCGGGACAUCUACGGAGGAGACUACGAGCGCUUUGGACUGCCGGGAUGGGCGGUGGCCUCCAGUUUCGGCAAUAUGAUGUCCAAAGACAAGCGUGAGUCUGUGUCCAAGGAAGACCUGGCCAGAGCCACCCUGGUCACCAUCACCAACAACAUCGGCUCCAUCACCCGGAUGUGUGCGCUCAAUGAGAACAUCGAGCGCGUGGUGUUUGUGGGCAACUUCCUGCGAGUCAACACACUCUCCAUGAAGCUGCUGGCCUACGCCAUGGACUACUGGUCCAAAGGUCAACUCAAGGCUCUCUUCCUGCGGCACGAGGGUUACUUUGGCGCCGUGGGGGCGCUCCUGGAGCUGCUGCAUCCGUCCUGAAGCACCCCGAUCCGAGGACUUUAACUUUAACAUGACGGCCUAGGGAAAGAUGCCCAAACCUUGGGGAGGGGGGGCAUUGAGACAAAGUAAGCAAUGCAGAGGGGCCACUUUGAUACGUUUUGUGCAGUAAAGACGGUAAAGGCAACGUAAGCUAAAGUACUGUAUCUGAUAUCUGAACACAACAACCAUAUAUCGGUUUGUGUUACAGACAUCAAAGCAAACUAGUGUCAUAUUUAAUCUGGAAUUGAUCCAUUUUGCUUCUACAUUACACAGAGUCAAUGAAAACUUAGCUGGCUCCAUGAUGUCUGGUAAGGAUUUAAAACGUUCACUGUGUUGGCCUGGUAAAGAUGCUAAGGGGUCACCAACUUAAAGGAAAACUGCACUUUAUUAUUUAUCAUGUCCUUGUCUGCUUUUAACCGUUUUUAUAUCUUUAGAAUGCACAGUAAAGUGAAAGGUGUGUGUGUUCAUGACUUGCAUAAGGAUCGUGGAUGAUGGCCACAUCACAAAGUGCACUUUUCCUUUAAGGGGGUACCACACAGAGGGUAGAAGAUUUGAAAGUCCAAAAUAAGACAAUGAACACGGCAUCAAAUUAUAUUUCAAAUAAGUUGUGUAGAUGACUAAACUAAUGCUCCAAACACUGGAUCUUUAUUAGUGGACGCCGCUGUCAGGUCCACCAGGCUCAGACGCACUUGAAGGCUCUUGGCGUCGUUGUGUAAGGUCAGAGAUCUUCUAUAGCCGUGGUCACAGCAUCUUGACGCUUUGUGCGACUUUUCACACAAAUCCUCCUCGGGCUCCUUUUGUUGCGUUCAAGGACAUGCGUCAUCUUGUUAGCGUGGAUUACGCCAGAACAUCGUAUCCAUAAGUGCCUGCCUGUCCGUUUGUUCUUAGCUGAGACAAUCGCUUUUUCUUACUGUGAUUUUUUUUUCCAGAUUUCUGACUGAAAUAUUAUUCUCUAAUAAACGUUAUGACAUGUGCUUA